CUCAGACACAAAUCGUGAGGCUCGAACUACCUAGAAACGACACAACUAGACGUUACGUUAUUAAUUCGAUAAUUUUUACAGUAUUAAAAAAUAUGUUAUGAAACAUAUUCAGUGUGCACUCUUAGCUCUGUGUUCAUGGGAGCAGAAAGAAGAAGAUGAGCUUUUUCUCUGGGCUGGAGGAGGCUGUGCUGCUGCUGUGUGGGGGAGUGGGUUACAUCCUGUGGCGUUUCCUGUGUUUGUAAACUAGACGAUCUGGAAAACGUCGGGUGAGUGAGGCUUUAAGUUUUAAUGCUAGAUGAGUGAGGUGGGUGUGGCUUCCCACCAGCCCGACCAUCCUGACUGACGGAUCUCUGGAUGACCUUGUCCCCACCCCUGUCCCUGCGCUCACAUACACCACAGCAAUGUCACAUCUGCCCAGCAGCUCAGUCCGCGACCAUAUGAAAUGGGCGGGGCUGCUCGGGUGCGAAGCUGUCCUCUCCAGCAUGGCCCUAAUGCAGGCCAGCUCCAUGGCUGCUCCAUCCAAAAAAAUGAUGACUCCACUCGGCCAUGGACCGCCACAGAGAGAGGGACCUGACCGUGCACCCCAGAGUCACAUGAUCCUCCCAUCUGGAAUGAGCUGUCCACCCCUGCUUAUCCGGAAGGAAGGUGAAUUCCAAGCUCCCCGCCUGCUGGACGAGAAGGAGAUGAGGGCCAAUGAGGACAUGCAGCAGAAAAAAAAGAACAGGAAAUCAGUAACGCCCUGUAAAGUGAGAGAACAAGAGGGAAGGGGAGGGAAGGGCACAGGUGGAGAUGAAAAUGGCCCAUCAUCCAAAGUGCAGAAAAAUUUUAUUUGUGAUCACUGUUAUGGAGCAUUUAGGAGUGGAUAUCACCUAAAGAGACAUAUCCUCAUUCAUACAGGGGAGAAGCCGUAUGCUUGUGCCGUAUGUGACAUGAGGUUUAUUCAGCGUUACCACCUGGAGAGACACAGCCUCAUUCACACGGGAGUGAAGCCGUAUGCUUGUUCCAUGUGUGACAUGAGGUUUUUCCAGCGUUACCACCUGGAGAGACACAGACUCACUCAUACGGGGGUGAAGCCGUACGCUUGCUCCAUGUGUGACAUGAGGUUCUUCCAACGUUACCACCUGGCAAGACACAGCCUCACUCAUACUGGGGUGAAGCCAUACGCUUGCUCCAUGUGUGACAUGAGGUUUUUCCAACGAUACCACUUGGCAAGACACAGCCUCACUCACACGGGGGUGAAGCCAUAUGCUUGCUCCAUGUGUGACAUGAGAUUUUUCCAGAGAUACCACCUGGCAAGACACACUCUCACACAUACGGGGGUGAAGCCAUACGCUUGCUCCAUGUGUGACAUGAGGUUCUUCCAGCGUUACCAUUUGGCAAGACACAGCCUCACUCAUACUGGGGUGAAGCCAUAUGCUUGUACCAUGUGUGACAUGAGGUUCAUACAACGUUACCAACUGGAAAGACACAGUCUUACUCAUACAGGGGUGAAGCCGUACGCUUGCACCAUGUGUGACAAGAGGUUUUUUCAGCGCUACCACCUGGCGAGACACAGCCUCACUCAUAUGGGUGUGAAGCCUUAUGCUUGUUCCAUGUGUGACAUGAAGUUUUUUCAGCGUUACCACCUGGCGAGACACAGCCUCACUCAUACUGGUGUGAAACCUUAUGCUUGCACCAUGUGUGACAAGAGGUUUUUUCAGCGCUACCACCUGGCGAGACACAGCCUCACUCAUAUGGGUGUGAAACCUUUUGCUUGCACCAUGUGUGACAUGAGGUUUGUUCAGCGUUACCACCUGGCGAGACACAGCCUCACUCAUACGGGUGUGAAACCUUAUGCUUGCACCAUGUGUGACAAGAGGUUUUUUCAGCGCUACCACCUGGCGAGACACAGCCUCACUCAUAUGGGUGUGAAACCUUUUGCUUGCACCAUGUGUGACAUGAGGUUUGUUCAGCGUUACCACCUGGCGAGACACAGCCUCACUCAUACGGGGGUGAAGCCGUAUGCUUGUUCCAUGUGUGACAUGAGGUUUAUUCAGCGUAACCACCUGGAGAGACACAGCCUCACUCAUACGGGAGAGAAGCCAUUUGCUUGUGACACGUGUGAUAUGAGGUUUAUCCAGCGCUACCACCUUGAGAGACACAAACGUGUCCAUAGUGGAGAGAAGCCUUACCAGUGUGAACGCUGCCAGCAGAAUUUUUCACGGACAGACCGGCUGUUGCGACAUCGGCGGUUGUGCCAGGGUCGCAGUGUAGCCAAAGUAGAGAACCAGCCAUGCUGCGAACCACGCCCAUACCCACAAGAACCCCCACCCGCGCCCCCUACUUGGAGUCCUCUGCACCCCCCUCCGGGUCGACUGGCUGUCUGACAUUCCACCUUCCCUUCAGCCACAACACCGCCAGAGUCUGGACAUGCCACAGGGUUUCUUCUUCUCCGCUCUGUGCGGAGUGAUGUCACACUCUAGCACGGCAGCUCUGCUCUCGGAUUACUAAUGACAGAGGGACGUUUGUGUUCUCAUUUUGUUGACUUUUUACUGUUUUUCCUUUUCUCCCCUCAGUUUUUUUUUAAAAGAUGAGACUUUUCUGUGAUGAACAGUGGUCCUGUUUUGUACUUAAACUAUUUGAUUUUUGCAACAAAAAAGAAGUUUUUAUUGUUGUUCAAAUAUAUCUCCAUUUGGUACUCAGAGGGGCAGGGGUAUUGUUUAUCCUGAUGCGUUGGCAACAAAAUGGGAUGAAGUGGUGAGAAAACAUAUUUGAGCUUGUUUCUAAUGUUUCCUUGUGGCCUAUUCUGACUCUUAAGGACUGUCCCUUUGGUCAAAAGAAAAAAAGGUUGUAAAACUUGAAUUUCCUUUCAUGUCAGGAAAAGAAAUCAUGGCGUUGACUUCUAAUAAAGACCAGAUCGUGCUUUAAAGUGAAGUUAAGACGUAUUAUUUAAAGCAUUAUUUGGACUUGAGUUGAUUUCAACAAGAUCUCUCUGAUGCUCUCAACACAAGAGACACCGUCAGGGAUCAAAUUCUGUAAAUAAUAAAAAAUGUUUAUUAUUUUUGACGAGUAGUGACUUUCUAAUGCACAAAAUUGGCCUUAAAAGGAAGCUAGAAAUUCUUUCAAAUAUGCUUUUUGGUACUGUUUCAGUGAAGUCCAGGGGGAACCUGAGUGACUUUGUGUUUGUUAAAAAAAAAUCAAACUAAACCAGGACUUCCAGGAAGUGAAAGACAAAGGGCCGCCUGCUGCAGAGUGAUCACCUGUGUGUCUCACCUACUGUGACACCCAGAGGACUCGGGGGAUGUUAAUGGAUGGCAGCCUCAGCAGGUCGUCAUCCCACGCCUACCGAGAGUCGUGCUGAUGUGUCGGCGCACACAUCAGCUGUUCAGUGAGAGCUCUGAAGCGGUGCUGGUUGGCCAGUGAAGUCCCAUUGUGUUUGUACAGACUCGCAUUCUGUGUGAGGUUAGCGGGGGUAUACAAAAUCUUGUGGCCUUAGUGUGUUUUUUAUUUUAUUCAUUUGCCUUUCUCAGCUGUUUAUUAUUGUGGAUCAGAUGUAUUUACUAAGAAGAGGCAGCCUUUCAUAAUCAUGUUUUUUUUUUUUUUAUCUGAACGCUGUCACGGUUACAGAAUGUUGACAGCUUCAUCUACACAGACUGACGUGGCCUCCUGUCAUGAGGUUGUGUUUCAAUGAAAAUGACUAUUUUGGGUUAUUGUUACUGAUUACAGUGUAUCAGAGUCGUAAAGGGAGUUGCCCCUCAGUCGUGCGUAACUGUUUCCCACUGUGGUGCUUCGGCUGGUGGUGGCCUGAGCAGAAUUAAUACUUGCUUGACUCUACUACACACUAACAAUUGCCUUUUUAUCCAAAUAUUCUGUGGUUGGUGUGUAAUAAUGGAUGUCUGUCAUGUCAUUGGAUUUAGCCUUAAGUAAGUGCGGAUACACAAAUAAUCAUUGUAGUACUAAAUGAUAUUGUAACAAACGAUUUCUUUUACCUAUGAUGAGCUUUGGUUGUACUGUGUGAAGGUCUUUUGACAGAGUCAGAGGAUCAGGGCUGCAGGAGCUUUCUCAAACUUGAUUCUUACUGUUACUAGUGGAUUUGAUGAGAGAAGUCUAGACUGAACAUGCAUGUAUAUAUCAACAAACUCCAGCUAUUCUUCUGUGAUACAGAAGGUAAAAUAUGGCUGAAAUAAUCUUUUUUCCUCAACAGAGGAGAAAAUGUUCAGACUUCAAUUGAAAAUGGAACUAAUGACUUAAAGGAUGGACUUUUUUUGUGUCUGAUGCAAAAAAAAAAAUCAUCUUGUUUCGGAUUUAUGUGCUGUUAUACCUGAAGUAUUAUUCUGAAGUUUUCUUUCAAAGUUGUGUUUGGGUUAAAGUGUACAGAAUGGGAGAUUAGUUUUAAUGGUCAUUUUCAUAUCAAGUCAAACCCAGUGGCUGCAAAAGGGUUAAGUUUGAGAAAUAUGUUACUCUGGGAACAUAAGUCCUGGUCUGUAGAGGGGAUGCUGCGGGCAUGUUGAAAAGGCUAAAGGGCAAUACAGUAUAUAGAUAACGUCACCUGUUAAUACAUUUUGUUGUUUAUUGUUUUUUAAUAUUAUCAACUCAUUGUUUAAAAUGCAAUAGAACCCUUGAGUCUCGCAUCAUUUGUUUAUAAGAUUUUGUUUAAUUUUUAUUUUUCCGGACAGAUAUAAGGAUAACUUUGAGAAUUUUCUCAUCACAUUUUGAUGAUUGUUUCAAGGACCAUUUUUUUUAAUCUGAGGAAAUUGUAAACACUGGAGUGAAAGGAAAAAAGACAGAUAUGGAUAUUUUUUUCCCUUCAGACUGUACUAGAUUUUAGGUUUUAGACAAAGCCUAUUUCUCCUCGACUUGACACGGACGGCGAACAAAACAAUUUGGAUCAGUACAGUUGAGAGCCCACCAUGUUUGCUAAUUUUGACAUUAGAGGCGGUAGCACCACAAGAAAAUGUUUUCUUUCUUUGGAGAAGUCCCUGGUAUUUGUAGUAAAUUAUAUUGAUAAUGGUAUUAGAAGAACAACAGCAUAACAGUAGCUAUCACACAUUAGUUGUUUUCUUUAUUAGUCUUGCAUGCAGAGUUAUGGUCCUCAGUUAAGAUAGGAUCUUGAUAUUGAUUAUUUUGUGUAGGAAAAUGAGUGCAUAAGAAUAACUUCCUAAAAAAAUGUUACAAUGAUUAUUGUAAAAUGGGCUAUCUAAUAUGUACCCUUGUGAUCCAAUUAGUUUCAAGUAUAUAAAAAUCAGAGGAGAGGCUUCUUACUAUUAUGCUGAAAUAAAAACAUUUGUAAAGGA